AUGAGGAUAUCUGCGAGUGUAGAAAUUUCUAAUAGACUCCUUCCAUCCCUUAAUUUGGGUAAUAGAAGACCUGAAAAGUCCUAUUUGAGUAUUGGCUACUUACCAGGUCAAAAGGAAAAGGUUUUUAUUUUACAUCAAACAAUUAGAAAUGGACAUGGAGUGAAGUACAAGGUAAAUGAUAAUAUAGGAGGUAUAUUUGUUAAAUUUAUUGUUGAAGGGAAGGCAACCCUAAGAUUUAAAGAACCACCUGUUGAUUUGAUUAUUAAAGGUGAACCUAAACCUUUAUCAAAUUUUUUGCAAGUUUUGAAGCAGUUUAUGGACAAAAAGGUGCCGCUCAAGUUAUUACAGUUAUCAAAUUUGGCAGGAGCUUCAAGCAAAGUUGAUACUAAACCUGUAAAAUUAGUAUUGAAGCAGAAAAAAGAAUUUCCCAUAUUCCCACGUGCCCUAGAAACUCUACAGAUUAAUGAAGCUAUGAUGAAAAAGUUUGAUUGCAAAAUACUUAGGCUUCAGAAGUUAAAAAUAUUGAAUUUGGCUGAUAAUUGCUUAGAAGACAUUCCUAAUGAAAUUGAUUUAUUGCCAGCCCUUGAAGAAUUGCAUUUAGCCAAAAAUAAGAUUGGUGAAAAGAGUAAAUUCACAUGGUUAUCCAGUCAAACCUUGAGGCUGUCAUUAAUUCACCUAGACUUGAGAGAAAAUUGUAUAUCAUUUAUACCCCAAGAAAUAUGUAGACUUAAAAAUCUGAAGAAUCUUUUGUUAGACAAAAAUCGUCUACAGCAUUUACCCAAUGGACUUGGUCUCCUUUCAAAGCUUAAAAAACUGUCUGUCAGCCAUAACCUGUUAGAGUGGAUGCCAGGAAGCUGUCAAUUCCUUAGACUAAAUACUGUGGAUGUUAGUAAGAACAAUUGGAAAGACCACUGCUCAAGAGGAAAUCGACUUAGGGCAGUCUUUAAUCUUGUUGAUAUAUCUGCCGUUGCUGUUCUCAAGCACAGGAUUGAAUUCUCAGAAGAACUGAUCCCAAGAACACUUGUUUGUUAUCUGGAAAAUGCAGGUUAUUGUUCCUGUGGUAUUCCUGUUUUUCCUUCACGGCCAAAUAAAUUUGCACCAUUAGAUAGGUUUUUGUCUGCUGCAGAACGUGUUUUUGUUUUAGAAGAGGAACCUGUUAUUGGUUUUUGUACUUGCUUUCAACAUUCGACAUAG